CGUCACUUCCUCGCCCCAUGCCCAUCCCUGUGGAAAAAAAAAGAAACUUCACACAGACAAACGACGGCGAGGAAAAGAGCGAGGGAAAAGUCGAGAGAGAAGCGAAAACAAAAAAAAUAAAAAAGAAACCCAAAUGAAAAAGCUGGAUACUGAAGAGGGAGCCCAGCAAACACCAGAACAUACUCUUUAAACAGUCAUGCCGCUCCAUAAAUCAUCCCGGGCCCCUCGCCUGGACCCUACCAUGAUCUCAGCCCCGCUGGGUGACUUUCGCCACACCAUGCACAUUGGGAGAGGAGGUGAUGCCUUUGGGGACACCUCCUUCCUGUCCACUCUUGGUCCAAGUUCACCCAGCUCUGAUCCGGGGAGUCCAGGGACCGGGCCAGCCGCUGACGCUCAGGUGCCAGUCAAUCACAGCGAUCUUCACACAGAUGCUCCAGAUAGUCCAGAGAACAAUGAGCUUCAGCACUCUGAGUCAGUGUCUUCGUUCACUUUGGACCUGGAUCUGGAUCUGGGGCCUUCUAUGCUGGGGGAUGUACUGGGCGUGAUGGAUGGAUUGGGACUUGACUGCGAUAAGGAGGAUGUGUUCAGUCCCAAAAGUGGCACAACAUCCUCAGUGGAAACAAAGCAGGGAAAAGGAGCCACAGAGAUGUCUGUGAACAUGCAGAAUGAGCUGAACGGGAAGAACUUGGUUGGGCUGGAUGGAAACCAGGUGGGAGACAACAGAAUACCAGAUGGGAAUGGGAUCAAGCCAAAGGGGAUACGACCAAAAGUGCGAUUCAGCGACAAACGAGAGGAGAUCAUUCGCCAGGUGUCUGAAGAGGAAGAGGGUCAAGGGUUUGACUUCCAGGAUGAGGAUCAGCUGGCGUGUCGGAGUCCGACGAGGGGCGAGAGCGAGAAGGGCGAGAGCCUAGAAGGUGGAGGUGAAACCGAGCUCACCAAUCACAAAGUAGAUUUGCCUCCUAGUCCUGCCUCAUCACAUAGCUCGGAGUAUGAAGGAGUGACCCCGCUGGACAGGAGGAGGGUCGACAGCUGCCACUCAGAGACUGAUUCGGAGGAGGAGGAGGAGGAGGAAGAAGAGGAAGUGGGAAAAGGCUACACAUUUGAAGAUGAGUUUGAUGAUGAGAUUGGUCUAUAGGGGAAAGGUUUUCCCUUGAAAACAGAUGUUUUGCUGCAAAGUAAAUCAAGUAUACUGUAUUUUCCUUAAUUCAUCACUUCAGUAUCAUUUGAAUGGGAGGUUAAAACUGAAUACAAACUGGAUUUUUUUCAAGACUACAGAAUGAAAAGCUGUACAGUUUGAAGACGAUGUUGCUCAACUGGAAAAGACAUAUUUAUGUAUUAUCUAUGAGGGUAACAGAUUUGCCAAAGACACACGUUUUGAUCAGAAAAAGCAGUGUCAUAUAGGGUUUUUUUUUUUUUUUUACAGUGAACGGUUUGUAGCACUUUGAUUUAUUUCAUUCAUCUGGAAGCUUUGCUAUGAAACUGACUCUCAGUGGAAAGUUUGAUUCAGGCUAAAUGAAUGAUGCUCGCUUUAAUUUUUACUCUGUCUGACGUUUGCCAUCUAAAAACUGUGUAUUGAACUUUUAUGUUAUAGUGCCUUAAAGGGAGGGAGCUGUAUAUUUACAUUAUUGUUUCAUGUGCUAUAUCAAUGUCUUAAUUUCUCAUAUUGCAUGUUUAUUACAAUCUCCAUGUCUUCUCUCGAUAUAAGUCUAUUUUAUUAACUUUACAAACUGAUGGUUCCCAGAGACGACAUCAGAAAAUAAAGUUAUCCUGUGUAUAAUGAAUCACUGUGAACCUGUCACAUUCCACAUCUGAUAAUGUGAGUUUCUCUGGUUCAGACCAAAUAAGAUGUGUUUUCAGAGUGCAGUUAUUUUGUUUUCAUACCUACCAAAGCUAUUCUUUCAAGCUGUGGGGCUGGACUGAUACUAAAAAUGCAAAGACAAUCAUGGAAUUUAAAGUACAUGCGUUUGGCUUGUUAUGGAAAAAGUAUUUUAUUUCAUAAUGCUGUAAAAGGGGGACACCAUUAUGCUGUUGAACUGUUGAAAAUGCUGGUUUGAACAUGUGUUAUCCUGUGGUUUAAUAUGGUUUACAGUGAAAACAAUAAAACAACUAUUGGGAUUUUAAAAUGA